CUCUGCCGGGGGCAGGGAUGUGGCCGUGCGCGGCGCCGCUCCGCUCCCCCGCUGGCCCCGGCUGCGGCUCCCGGGCGCCCGCAGCUGCCCUCGGCUGUGCGGGGCAGCGGUGAUGGCAGAGGAGCGCCUGGCCGUGCGGAGGAAGAGCCGCCUCGGCGCUGCCCGCAAGCGGAGCCGCGCUAUGGUGCCGCCUGAUGCUGGCUGCUCGCCUAUGGCUCGCAAGAGACCGAGCACCGGUGGCGAGGAGCCCCCGGCGGAGCUCCCGUGCAGCAACGACAGCGAAGAGGAUAUGUUUGGUGACUACGAUGGCUUGUGUGGAGACAGCUCUUUGCUAGCUCAGGUGGAUGAUCUAGAGCACAAGUGCCUGCAGGAUAAGAACAUGGGGUUUAAAACAGCUGGAGAAAUCCUCCUUCAGUCAGCCACUCAGCAGAAAGAUCAUUCCUGGACUCCAGAAAAUGUGGCUGUGCUUAAAGCUGGCAAAGAGGAUGCUCUGCAGAUGGCUGAGGAUCCCCUGCUGGCUGGGGGUCAGGAGGCCACUGAAGCUGGCUUAGAUGAGUUGCCAUCAUCACAGCUUUUAUACUUUGAGAAGAUCAGAGAGCUUCCUUCUGCCUCUAGAACACCUCCAUGCUCAGAAAGCAGGAAUGAAUGUGGGAGUUCUUCCUUGGACAAAAUCAGGACUUCAUCAUCAUCUUCUCGUCAGGAUGCUGAAGACAGGAGCAAACCUCCUGACUUUUCCUCAGCCCCCAAGUGUGGUCCAGUUAAAACUGAGAGCCUUAAAGCCCACCUGAAGAGUGCCAUGACUGGAAAUGCCAAAGCCCAGAUACUGCAGGUCUCCAAGACCAAGCAGCUUCAAGAAGCUGUUUUGUCUGAAGAGAUUUGUGUGGCUAGGAAAGCCAUGGACUCUUCCUCUGUUGACAGAGGACCUUUUUAUGGCUUACCCAGCAGAGUUAAAGAGCUCUUCAGCCAGCUUCGAGGGAUCCAAACACUUUAUGCCUGGCAGCAUGACUGCUUGACCUUAGAAUCCCUGCAGCAAAGAAAGAAUCUCAUCUACUCACUGCCAACCAGCGGUGGGAAGACGCUGGUAGCUGAGCUCCUCCUUCUCCAGGAGUUACUCUGCAGGCAGAAGGAUGUGCUGAUGAUCCUGCCCUAUGUUGCCAUCGUGCAAGAAAAGGUUAGGGGUUUGUCAAGUUUUGGGCUAGAACUGGAUUUCCUGGUUGAAGAAUAUGCAGGAAGCAAAGGAAGAUUCCCACCCCUGAAGAGGAGAAGGAGAAGAUCUCUUUAUAUAGCUACAAUAGAGAAAGGCCACGCUUUGGUCAACUCCUUGAUUGAAACAGAGAGAAUGGAUGAGCUGGGGCUGGUGGUGGUGGAUGAGCUGCACAUGCUGGGGGAAGGCAGCCGUGGAGCGACGCUGGAAAUGGCUCUGGCCAAGAUUCUCUACACCAGCAAGGACACCCAAAUCAUUGGCAUGAGUGCAACCCUGAACAACGUUGGAGACCUGCAGAGGUUCCUGCGGGCAGACUGCUACAGCAGCGACUUCAGACCGGUGGAGUUAAAAGAAUACGUGAAGGUUCGAGACGCCAUCUACAGGGUGGACAGCAAGGCAGAAGGAGGCUUCACUUUUGCACGGCUCCUCAGCUUCAAGUAUUCCAGUAGCCUGGAGAAAGCAGAUCCUGACCACAUCCUUGCACUGGUGACUGAAGUGAUUCCCAAAUAUUCCUGCCUCAUCUUCUGCCCCACUAAAAAGAACUGUGAGAACGUGGCUGUGAUGGUCAGCAAGUACCUCAAGAAAGAAUUUAGAGCUCACAGGGAGAAGGAGAAGCAGGAGCUGCUGCAGAGCCUGAAGGCCAUUGGCAGUGGGAGUGUGUGCCCUGUGCUGAAGCAAACCAUCCCCCUUGGCAUUGCCUACCACCACAGUGGGCUGACAAACGAUGAGAGGAAGAGCAUCGAGGAGGCCUACUCUGCAGGGGUCCUCUGCCUGCUUGCUUGCACAGCCACUUUAGCUGCUGGAGUCAACCUGCCAGCAAGAAGGGUUAUCCUCAGAGCUCCCUAUGUUGGGAAUGACUUCCUGAAGAAGACUCAGUACAAACAGAUGAUUGGCAGAGCAGGUCGGGCUGGCAUUGACAGUGCUGGAGAAAGCAUCCUCAUCGUGCAAGAGAAGGACAAGCACCUGGUGCAAGAUUUAGUUUCCAGUCCUUUGGAGAACUGCUACAGCAAUCUUCUGCUGGAGCUGACCAAGGGGAUGCAGAGCCUGUUGUUGUCUUUGGUGGGACUGAAGAUAGCAGUGACCCAGGAGGAAAUCAACCACUUCAUGUGUGGGACGUUGCUGGGUGUGCAGCAGCAGCAGCUGCUGCCUAAGGAGAAGAGCCUUGAAGAGGUAACCAAAGAUGGGCUGGCAAAUCUGAUAGAGAAAGGACUCCUGCAGGAAAGAAGAGCUGAGAAGGAUCACAAGUGUCAGGGCACCCUCAGCAUCACACUGCUGGGCAGAGCUGCAUUCAAAGGCUCCAUAGACCUGGCAUACUGCAGUCAGCUGUACAGAGAGCUGAGGAGAGGCUUGGAGGGGCUGCUGCUGGAGAGCAGCCUCCAUCUCCUCUACCUGGCAACUCCUUAUGAUAUGGUAUCCAGCUGCAGCCCCAACUGGAUGAUCUACUUGAGACAGUUCAGCCAGUUAAGUGCAGCAGAGCAGAAGCUGCUGGACACCCUGGGACUGCCUGAAAGCUUUAUUAUCAAAAAGGCCUCUGGUCAAGCCAUCAGAAAGAGCGUGGACACUGCUGUGGUGAACAGACUCUACCUGACCUUUGUCCUUUACAGCCUGCUGAAGGACACCAACGUCUGGAGCGUGGCAGAGAAGUUCAGCAUGUCCCGAGGCCAUGUGCAGAACCUGCUCAGCUCUGCUGCCUCCUUUGCCUCUUGUGUCCUGCAUUUCUGUGAGGAGCUGGAUGAAUUCUGGGUGUACAAAGCUCUGCUGGCAGAGCUCACCAAGCAGCUGACCUACUGCGUGCAGGCAGAGCUCAUCCCCCUAAUGGAGGUGGCAGGGGUUCAGGAGGCACGAGCAAAGCAGCUCUAUAAAGCAGGGUACAAGAGCCUGGCACACUUGGCUAACGCAGAGCCAGAAGCCCUGGUGAGGACGAUUGGGCACCUGUCGCGACGGCAGGCCAGGCAGAUGGUCUCCUCUGCAAAGAUGCUGCUGAGUGAAAAAGCUGAGGCUUUACAGGAAGAAGUUGAGGAACUCCUGAAGGUACCUACAGAUAUCCCAGGGAGCUGUCAGGCUGAAGAAAACUCCUGAACCCAGACCUGGGGAUGUGUUUUAGAUGUGUAGCUUUGCUGUGUGGAGCUGCUGUGCUUGGAAUAAACAUUUCUUGUCUUUUGUAUGCCUCA